UGAAGCCUCGCAUCCGCUCCUCAUUUCAUCAUUUCAUCUCAAUUCAUGCUCCUGGGUCGUCUCUCUUUGCCUAAUGAUGGCGUCCCAAGAUGACCUGGGGAUGCUUUGGUAUGGAGUGACAGGAGUAUCUUUCAACCCAGCUGAUCCUGCAGAGGUUAUGCUGAAUACAGGGACAGCGGCACCACUCCUCUCUGACCAUCCCCGACCGCUAGUUCCCACUCCAGUGUCCUACAGUGAGCCCACCACCACACAACAUACACAGAUGCUAUAUGAUCCAAAUACAGGUGACUACAGCACUCAGUCAGAAUACAUGUAUGAGACUUACGAUGGUUAUGAUGAAGACUCCUCUGGGAACAGUGUCAUGCAGCAGCAGGGAACACCACCCAUCACAGAGCCUGGCAUGGUAGGGCAGGGGGAUGAAUCACCACCUCCCAUCCCCAAAUCCAAAAAGCCAAAAGUCCACCAUCACCCAGCCUUAAAACUGAAGACACCCAUUGCAUAUCAAAAAGACACAGACCUUAAUGCCAUCCCUAUCAUGAGGGAGGGGAUGGCUGUUUGUGAAAAGUGUGGUGCCAUUGGAGUCAAGCAUGCAUUCUAUGGCAAGGAGAGGAAGUUCUGCAGCCUGGCAUGCGUCAGAGGUCCACUGGCUCCCUCCCAGCAAGUUGCAGAGAAAGAACUGGAGAAAGAGCCUAGUAAUGAGCCCGAGAAAAAAGUGAUUCCAGUGCAGAAGGUGAUAGGCCAGCCAGCUGUUCCUGUGGAAACACCUCCGUCUCCCAAGCCAGUCGUUCCAACCCCCCCUAAGCCGAGCCAGGUGGUGCAGCCUCAGUUGGCUGUUCCACCACCUGAACAGGUUUCAUCUCAGUCAUACCUACCUCCACCAGAGUCUACAAUAGACCUAGAUGGAAGCUUUUUGUGGGCUUCGUCGUAUCUGGAUGACCAAGACUUCCGUGCAGUUCCUGUUAGCUGUUUUAAACAUGCACCAAUGUCAGAAUGCUGGGAGCAGAUGGGAGCCGGGAUGAAGGUGGAAGUAUCCUGCAAAGAGGAAGCAGUAACAAAGGAUGCAUUCUGGGUGGCCACCGUUAUUGCUGUUGCAGGCUACAAAGCAAAACUUCGGUUUGAGGGCUUUGUGGAUGACAGCUCAAAGGACUUCUGGGUGGACCUUUGUUCAGAAGAGGUACAUCCUGUGGGUUGGUGUGCCACCCAAGGUCGCCCACUCAUACCUCCCCGUUCCAUCCAACAUAAGUACCGUGACUGGAAAGAAUUUCUAAUGAGGCGAUUAACUGGGGCACGAACUCUCCCAACUAACUUCAUCUCUAGAGUUGUUGAGAGCCAGAAGUCAAGAUUUAGGCCUGGACUUAAUGUGGAGGUUGUAGACAAGAACAGAAUAGCACAGAUGAGAGUAGCGACGGUGACAGAGGUUGUUGGAAAGAGACUCCACCUGAAAUACCAUGGGGCGCCACCAGAUGACAAUGGGUUUUGGUGCCAUGAGGAUGCCCCAAUAAUCCAUCCUGUGGGCUGGUCGAGAGAAGUAGGGCAUGAAAUUGUUGCAAGUCAGUCAUAUCAUGAGAAGUGCAUACGCGGUACAUAUGAUCCUAAUGAUGCCCCCCCAGAACUCUUUGUGGCCACCCCUGUGCCAGCUUUUCUUCGCAACUCUAAAAUGGACUUUGCUGAGGGGAUGAAGCUGGAGGCAAUUGACCCUCUGAACCUGUCAGCCAUUUGUGUUGCAACAGUCAUGAAGGUCUUGCACAACAACUACCUCAUGAUUCGAAUAGACAGCUAUGAGUCAGACAAUACCUGCUCUGACUGGUUCUGUUACCACGCCACUUCCCCCUGUAUUUUCCCUGCUGGGUUUUGCGAGAUGAACAACAUCACCCUAACGCCCCCAAGAGGGUAUGAGGGGCAGUUCUCGUGGUAUGCUUACCUCAAGAAAACUCAGGCCACUGCUGCACCUCCAGCUCUCUUCAGCAGGGAAAUACCAAGUCACGGGUUCGAAGAGGGUAUGGCCCUGGAGUCGGCAGAUCUGAUGGACCCACGGCUAGUGUGUGUAGCAAUGGUGAAGCAAGUCAAAGGGAGGUUGCUCAAAGUCCACUUUGACGGCUGGGAGAACGACUUUGACCAGUGGAUUGAUUGCUACUCACCCGAUAUCUAUCCCGUAGGCUGGUGUGACAUGUCCGGCUAUAGACUAGAGGGCCCCAAGACUGAUGUUCCAACACCUAAUGCUCCAAAGCGCAAGCUGAAAGGGGGCACCAAGCAAGCCAAGACUGGGCGGAGAGGUCGGCCCAUUGGUAGCAAGAAGGUUGGGAAAGUGGCCGUAGGAGGGAUGAUGAAUAUCCCACCAGCUCCGGCCAUGGGGACACAAAGACGACGAGGCCGCCCACCUAAGGAGAAAAGCCUAAUUGGCCAACCUGAUUCACCGCUCCAUGUGGGCAAGGGAGAAAAUGAGCAUCCUGAUCUGCAAACUAUGGAGAUGGAGCAUUCAUCCACAGGCCUAAGGAGCCGCCGUAGUCAAGGCAGACGGGAUGCCAGAAGAUCCCCACGUGGUCCUUCCAACACCAGCCCUGGCACUAAAACCCUUCCCAUGAGAGCUACACGUGCUCGGACUCUCCCCACUUCUUAUAACCAGUCAGAUGAAGAGGAUGCAUCUGAUGAAACAUCCCCCCAAGGCGGGGCCCCUCAUUUUAUGGGAAUAAAAUUUUCUCGAAACCGGGGCCCCAUGGAGGAAGAAUCCGCAACUCACCCCUCAGGCACCCCACCCCCCAUCCCUUUCCCAGCUGGGGCUUCCCAAAACACAUCCCAUCAGACGGGCUUUACAACCACUGCAACAGAAAGCAGAGAUCAAGAAUCCAAAACCAAGGUGCUUCACCAAGAACAGGAUCCAGUGCCAGAAAAGGUUACCCGUAUCACCCCUAAAACCGCAGUUGCCCAGUCAAGAGCAAAGGCCCCAAUGUUUUUCAUACCCCAACAAGAAAGUCCACAACCCCUGCUAGGACCUAUGGUUGCCAUGAGCUCCCAGCUGGAGUGCAGCUAA